CUUGCUGAGACACAGGUGUUGUGACGAAUGACGCGAAUAUACGACCCUAUACUGUCUAGCACAAUGAUAUCGGCCGAUAGACUUAUAUGGAAGAUUUAUACAAAAUGGUGGAUUACCCAUAAUGGCUCUUCUGUAUAAAUAACGAACCAACUCUCUUCCACAGUUAAAUAUUUACCAAAGAUCAUUAUUCAGGAUUACCAUGGGUGCUCCUCUUGUAACCGUUCUUGUAAUCGGAGGCACAGGUGCGCAAGGCCAGCCUGUUGUAAAAGAACUCUCCGCAGAUGGCCGCUACAAAAUCACUGUAUUGACGCGCAGUGCACAAUCCGAACCCGCACAGGAGCUUGCAUCGCUGCCAAACGUCACAAUACUGGAAGGCGAAACCUUCGACGAGCAAACCCUCAUGAAAGCAUUCAAAGGCAUCGAUGCGACUUUUGUCAAUACCAACGGAUUUGCCAUCGGCGAGAAAGCCGAGGUCUACUGGGGAAUCCGCAUCUACGAGAUUGCAUACGGAGCAGGAGUCAAGCACUUCAUCUGGGCCUCGCUGGCCUACUCCUCGAAGCUAGCGCACUUCAACCCCGACUUCCACUGUGGGCAUUUAGAUGGGAAAGGGAAAGUGACAGAUUAUCUUACCUCGCAGCCUACAGACCAUAUGGCGUGGUCAGUCCUUCUUUCUGCUCCAUAUGUGGAUACGCUCUCUCAGCUAUUGAGACCAAAGCCUGAUCCGAAUGACCCAAGUCUGAUGGUCUUUUCAGCGCCACUUGGCAACACUGCCAUGCCUCUCAUUGAACUGGGAGACCUCGGAAAAUAUGCCAAAUGGAUGUUCGAUCAUGUGAAGCGCAGCAACGGCAUGACGCUUAAGAUAAGCACAGAGCAUAUCCGCUGGGCAGACCUGGCGAAGGAUUACACUGCUGUUACCGGACGUAAAUCAAUCUACAGAGACGUUACCCUCGACGAGUAUUUUGCAUCCGGAGCCUUCCCUGACCCAGAAUUGAAGGUAGGACAUAGUGUAACACACGACGAUCCGACGCUGCAGACAUACCGGGAGAAUUUCUCGGCUUUCUGGAGACUGUGGAAGUCUGGCCUUGAUACGAGGGAUUAUAAGAUCAUGGACGAGAUUUUACCUGGAAGGAUUCGCAGUGUCAAGGAGUGGAUGGUAAAGACUGGGUAUACAGGCGAGCCUGGAAGAGUCCUAAAGGACUAUAUUGACAGGGAAAGGAAGAAAACUGGAUGGCCACUUCUUGGAUAACCUCUCGAACUUCCUUCCACACCAAGUCUCUCACACAAAUACUUGGG